UUAUUUUCAUAGCUUUUGGUGUCUAAUAGUUUAGAAUCAUGCCAACAGAAAUCAUAAACAAAAUGAAUAUACUGUUCUUAAGUAUGGGCUAUUUAAGGAACAUGUUCAUUUCUCCUCUGUCUCUUUCUACCACAGAGAGAGUGGGAGGUAGGGGAGUUUAGGUCAAAUAUUUAUUUUAUUUUUGUCCCUUUUUUAUUUUGUUAAUUUUUAUUAACAAUGUAAUGACACUGCCAGCAUCAUGAAACUGUUCACGCUCUCUGCUUGAAACAUCUCCGUUAGAUAUGAAAACCCAAGGAAGAUUUCGCUGUAUUGAUUGAUGUUUCCUUCAACCAUCGAGUAGUGAAGCUGGUUGAAUGACAAACGGUUAAGCCAAUUGUCAAAAAGAGAAAAACAUUUCUUCAUUGGAGGCACCCUGGGAAAAUGACCGCACAUACGCGGAAAGAUUAUUCAGACGUAAAUGGAAAAUGAGGUGAUUGGAGCGACGUGCACAUUUGGAGGUUAUCCCGAGGAACCCCACAAACCAACCGUGAAAUCCAGUCUCCUGCGAUUCCACACAACGGGACCUAUUUAUCUCCUGCAUCACACACCUCUGCAAGUCUGUGCUGAAUCUGGAAGAAACAUCUACUGUCGUUAGUCUUCGAUCAAGUGCGCUCUCUCCUUCAGGUUCUUUCUUUAGCCUGCAAUAUUUCGUGGCUUUGGAGGGACUGAUGAUCGGGUUACGUCUUCAGCACCUGGAUAGCUCCUGGCUGAGGACCCGAACUGGGCACAUGGAGUCCCUGGCGUGAUUGUAAGGGAAGCCCUUUCGCGGGCUGAGCAGGCGCGGUGUGAAUGUGUGUGCUCAAUGCCCUCCUCCUGCUUCAAAGAUGCCGUUCUCUGAAUAUUUCGUUAGUCGCAGCCUCUUCAUAGCAUCUUGGUGAAGGAUGAUGCUUGCGUUACGGAUGAGGCUUUUCGGUUUUGCCCUUUAUUCGAAGCAACAACAGCAGCAGCAGAAGCACGGAUGCUUGGCAAAUGCUAAAGUGCCCAGGGUAGCAGCCGUAGCAGCAGCCUACACAGAGCCAUCCCGGAGCUUUCCUUACACUGGUCAUCAGCAAGGGAGACAUUACCAUCAUCAUUACGAGGGCAAGGGAGACACGAUCACUCACUCAACAAUGUAAAACAACAAAGGUUGGGUGUAAGUGACGCUUCUCCUGGGUUGUGAAUCAGGAGCUUGAGUCGGGGGGAUAUUUCUGAGGAAAUCCAUUCGCUGUGUCAAGACGCCAACAUGAGUCAAACUCAGGCCCCUCAUCACCAGGCGGCUGCGUCGGACCUGGAGGUCAUCUCCCAGCAGGUGGAGGAGGAGGCCCAGUGCAUCGCUCCGGUCCAGCUGGUCAGCUUCGCCUACAGGGACCUCCCGCUGGCUGCACUGGACAUCUCCCUGGCUGGAUCCCAGCUCCUGUCCAACCUGGAUGAGGAGGACAACAGGGAGGGGUCUAACUGGCUAAAGCCGUGCUGUGGGAGGAGAGCUGCUCUGUGGCAGGUGUGUCUGCUGAGUGCGGGCUUUAACUGCUUCCUGGUGGCCUGUGUCAUCCUGGUGGUGGUUCUCCUCACCCUGGAGCUCCUUAUCGACACCAAACUCCUGCAGUUCAACAACGCCUUCCAGUUCGCUGGCAUCAUCCACUGGAUCAGCCUCGUCAUCCUCUCCGUCUUCUUCACAGAGACUGUGUUUAGGAUCGUGGUGCUGGGGAUCUGGGAUUACAUUGAGAACAAAGUUGAGGUGUUUGACGGUGCUGUAAUUGUCCUCUCACUGGCCCCAAUGGUGGCCUCCACAGUUGCCAACGGCCCCAGCAGUCCCUGGGACGCCAUCAGCCUCAUCAUCACCCUCCGGAUCUGGAGGGUGAAGAGGAUCAUUGAUGCCUACGUGCUUCAAGUGAAAGUGGAGAUGGAGAUGGAGAUCCAGCAGUAUGAGAAGGCCAAAGCCGUGCGGGAGGAGCAGCUGGAGCGCCUCACGCAGAUCUGCCAGGAGCAGGCGUUUGAGAUCAGGCAGCUGCGGGCUCACCUGGCCCAGCAGGACCUGGACCUGGUGGCGGAGCGCGAGGCGGCCAUGCAGAUCCACAACGUGUGGGGCAAGCAAAGCAGCUUCCAGGAGGUGGACGGCCUCGGCCCCGAGAGCUCUGGCGGUGGUGUGGGCCACCACGUCAAGGCCCGAGAUCUGGGCCACCAGACAGAUCAUGUUGCACAAGAUGACAUGAACAAUUACAUUAGCCAGUAUUACAGUGAGGCAAGCAGUGAUGUGGGCAUCCCUGACCCUAGGGCUCGGGUCAUCACCACGGCAUCCAUCGACGUGCACCUGCCCAACAACCCCAGCCAGCUGCCCCCGUCACUGGUGAGUGCCGACGCGGCCUCGGCCAGCCGCCUGGAGCGCACGUGCAGCAGCUCGGUGAGCGAGGUCUCGGCCACCACCAUGUCCCGCUCCAGCUGCUCCUUCAGCGGACGCCAGCAUAGCCCCAGCAGCCAGACGCUGGGCUCCACCACCGACUGCAGCUCCACGGUGCGCGAGGCCUCCACCUCCACCGACUACAGCGCCCAGCGCUACUGCCCCCCGCCCUACUGCAGCCCACUGGCACAGUUUGGGGGCGGCUCGGCGUCCGGGAGGACGGGCCGCGACCCGAGCGCCGUGGUGAAGGAGCUGCUCUCCUCGCUGUCGGAGGACUCCUGCCUGGCACAGAAAGGCAUGUCGGUGGACCCGGUGAACCUCAAGCUGCCCAGCCCGGCAGGCUCGGUGAAGGCCAGCCCGGAGCUGGAGCACCGGCUCAACAUCUACAACAAGCGGAACCAGGAGAGCCGGGGCGUCUUCCAGACCAAGCCGCUGAUUCACCUGCAGGGCCGCGAGCCGUCGCUUGAGGAGAAGUACCGGCUCAUGGAGCCCGCCGACGGUCCCGUACGCCCCAUGCCCGACACGUAGGGGCGCCAACAAGCCAGCUCACCAGCACCGGCUGACGCAGCCUCUCUUUACUUUUUUUUUUUUUUUCUUUACCGUGCUUUCUCUCUUCCCAUUUACUCUUCAGUCUCAGUUUGGUUAAUCCAUUUCUUUUCUCUCACUCUUUUGGCAUCCCUUUCUCCUAAUCCUCAAUUUUUUUUCUUUUUGAUUUCCCCCUGCUGCUCCCACCUCUUUUCUCAUUCUCUU